GCUCCACGAUAACCUUGGGACUAGCCUGCAACGGUUCUCAUGACAUAUCUUCUCGGGCUCACCAUUUUAGCUCCCUGAGCUUCAAAGCUCUAGCGUGUAUCAAGUGAUCCGUUAUAGUCGCGCGACUCGGCCCUUCAUGUAGCGGAGUCCCUCGGGAGCGAUCUUUGCUAGUCGUGACGAUGGAUUCCGGCGGGAGGCGAUGACGACGUCAGCGAACAGUUUUCGCCGAACAGGCGAAGGCGGCGAGCCUGCAACAGCGAGCGACGCAUCAAGCUAUUUGCGAGGAUUCGCGAAUCGAAGGGAUUCUUAGGAACCAGGCGGCAUGGUGGGAAUGGACUUGCAGUGGCAGAGCCCGGCUCGCUUGCUGCACGCUGGCAUGGCCGCGGACGGCGACAGGGCGGAGACGCGAGACACGAAGGCACGGCCCGACGAGAGGGCGUUGAGCAAGGCGGACGGGAGAAGUGCCUCCCGGCGCAGCAGGAGCGGCCGCCACGCGGGCGACGACCCCAUGGACGCUCGUGCCGGCGGUGACGGCCUCGAGGGCGGUGAGGGUGCUGCUGCUGCGGUGGCAGCAACAGCAGCAGCAGCAGCAGAGUGUAGUGAAGCGACAGCAGCAGAGAGCGAGAGCGAGGGUCGCCGCCCGUCGUCGUCCAUCCACCCCCCUCGCCGCUCCGCCUCCCGCGCUAGCAGGGCCGGCGGCGGCAGCCGGCCCGUCGCUCCCCUGGCGCUGAGCGUGCGCGACGACCGCGGAUGGACGCUGCUGCACAUCGCCAGCCACAUGGGGAACAUCCGCAUGGUGCGGCAGCUGCUGGAGGAGGGCGAUGUGGGCGUGGACGAGCCGUCGCUGGGCCCCAAGCACCCGGGCGCCACGGCGCUGCACCUGGCGGCGGCGGCGGGGCACGUGGCGGUGAUGGACACGCUGCUGGAGGGCGGCGCCAACAUCGAGGCCCGCACCCGCGGCAACUUCGGCUGGACCCCUCUGCACCACGCGGCGCGGCACAACCGGCGGCGCGCCAUGCGCUUUCUGGUGGAGAGCGGCGCCUUCCUGGCGCCCGACAUGCUGGACGCGCGCUUCAACCCGCCGCUGCACUACUGCCGCGCGCUGCAGUACGCGUACCAGUACCAGGGCACGCUGGGGGGGAAUGGGGGCGGGGGCAGUGGGGAGAGCAGCGGGGAGGGCAGCGAGGGGGGCAGCAGCAGCAGUGUGGGGGGAGGGGCGGAUGGAAGGGUGGUGGGAGAAGGUGGGGGGGAGAGGGAGGAGGAGGCAGUGGGGGGUUGAAACCUGAGAGGGGACAUGCAUGCAGAUGGGGAGAUGUUUGCCUCGGACCCGCUUAACCCCCACAACACAACACACCCCUUUCCGGCGCAUGUAAUGAGUAUGGUCAAGAUGGCAGAGGGGCAGAGCAGACUGUCAUGCCAUGUACUGCAUGUGACCGAGUGGAGGUGAAGUAAGUUUGUUACCAUGCUCUUGCGAGACCAUCACAAUGCAUGGUCUGGGCGAUCAGCCAACGAUCGCUCGUAUCACGGGACUUUAGUCCAGAUGAUUAUAGCUGGUCGUACUCACCAGUAUGUGAGGGUAGCUGGUAUGUGAUGGAAAAGUAGCUUACCUUUCAAAUGUUGGCAAAGACAUAUUAAUAACAAUC